CGACAAGGCUUAGCGAAGAUUGUAACUGUCACCGAAUAAAGAAUUGAUUGAACAAUAACGUUGGUCUAUGCCGGCUGUCCACGAUGUUCAGAGCGCCGCCUGCGACGUCCAUGCAGAAGACGUACGACGAAUGCUAUCUCAUCUGCUCCACGGCGAUAUACUUCGAAGGGCAGAACAAUGAGGCAGAGGCUCUUCGAUCAUGGCGCAACGCUCUCGACCACAUCUACUACCACAACGCGUAUAAGAUGCCGGCGAGCUAUGUGCCGAGGACGGAAACGGAGCGGGCCUUGGCGGACUCGCUGAGGAAGAUGGAACUGCAGUGCAAAGAGCGAGUGGACCUGCUGGAAGCGCUGAAGAAGAGCAGGCAGGACGCCGAGCAGGACGCGAAUGGGAGUGCUGCGACUGCGACUCCCGUUGCUUCACCACCCCCACAACAUACCAGUGCAGGCACGGACAAGUUUGGCAGCACCGCAACAGCGGGCAAUCAGUGGCUCGGCGCAGAUACAGUGGCUCCUACCAGCUAUACUGAUCUACCACGGCCAUCCCCCACUCCGGAACGACGACCGCCACCUCAUCCCCCGAGACCGACGUACACCAGCAAGCGGAGCUCGGAUUUUGAUAGUCCGCGUACGAUGAGUUUGCAGUCCACAACGAGCCUAACACCUCCACAUAACCAACAGCCCAGAGCGAGAACACCGAGUCCGGAGAAGAAGUCGGGUAUGCUCAGAACACUCAGGCCGACCGCAAAGGAUCGGCCUCCGUCCGGCAGUAACAUGGCAAGGACUAUGCGAUCAAGACCGCCACCCGCCGCCGCGAAAGCUGCAACCCAAGUAUGGACUGGUACAAAGAAGCCACAGACACCCUCGCAGGAACGGCGGCCAUUGGAUAAUGCGACUUCAUGGGACCCCUACACCCGCUCGCUGGUCGAGAAGCCCUCGGAACCGCCACAUCUUACUUCGGACACGGAUCGAAGGCGAUCAGAAAUGUCGAUCAUCCGGCCACCCAGUCCGUCCGACUUUCUACAUCCGCCGCCUUACCCUGAUUACCCAAGCGCCCGCUCCUCGCCAUUCGAGCCUCUUUCGCGAAGCCAAGACGCCAUGGCCGAGCGGCAGAAGUUGGACAAUAACGAAGCUCAACUCAGUCAACGGAUGAACGAUGUGGCCGUCUCGACCAACGGCAAGGCCAGCCAUAAGCCUGACAGUAGGCACGACUCUACGCAGAAGACGCUGAUUAAUUGGCGAACAUCGAACCCGCAGAUGACGCCGCCAAGCAGUGACGAGUCCGACAAAGACGCCGAACCUUCCAGCAAUGAGCCCGCCGAUGCAGACGAAGAAUGGGACCGACGGAUACAGCACAUCCUAACCCACCUCCCCAAAGGCGUCGACGAAGCAGCCGCUAAACAGAUCCUCACGGAAAUUGUAAUCAAAGGCGACGAGGUCCACUGGGACGACGUAGCCGGCCUCGAAAUCGCCAAAUCCGCCCUCAAAGAAACCGUCGUCUACCCAUUCCUCCGCCCCGAUCUCUUCAUGGGCCUCCGCGAACCCGCACGCGGCAUGCUUCUCUUCGGCCCCCCCGGCACAGGCAAAACCAUGCUCGCCCGCGCCGUCGCGACGGAAAGCAAAAGCGUCUUCUUCGCCAUCUCCGCCAGCAGCCUGACGAGCAAAUACCUCGGCGAAAGCGAGAAACUCGUGCGCGCCCUCUUCACCCUCGCCAAAGCACUAGCCCCCAGCAUCAUCUUCGUGGACGAAAUCGACUCACUCUUGGGUUCUCGCGGAGGCAGCUCCGAACACGAAGCCACCCGUCGCAUAAAGACGGAAUUCCUGAUCCAAUGGUCCGAUCUCCAAAAAGCCGCCGCCGGCCGCGAAGACACCAGUAAAGUCUCCGGCGACGCCACCCGAGUCCUCGUCCUCGCCGCGACAAACCUCCCCUGGGCCAUAGACGAAGCGGCCCGUCGCCGCUUCGUCCGCCGUCAGUACAUCCCCUUACCGGAAGACUGGGUGCGGGAGAAGCAACUCCGCAACCUCCUCUCCGCGCAAAAACACAACCUCUCCGACCGCGAUUUGAAGCGACUCGUGCAGCUGACCGACGGGUUCAGUGGCAGUGACAUCACCGCCUUGGCGAAGGAUGCGGCGAUGGGGCCGCUGAGGAGUCUGGGGGAGCGCUUGUUGCAUAUGUCUCCCGAUGACAUCCGCCCGAUUGGGAUGGGUGAUUUUGAGAGUAGUCUGGGGAAUAUUCGGCCGAGUGUUAGUAAGGGGGGGUUGAGGGAGUUUGAGGAGUGGGCGAGGGAAUUUGGGGAGAGGGGGGGGUAG